AUCACUGUCAACUGUCACCUGUAGAGCGAUUUUAUUCCGUUAAUUGUUUGGUUAUACUCAAUGUUUUCCUAAAACACCGUUUUAAAGCAAAUAGAAUUAAUCAUUGUUUCCCAGACCGUGUGUAAAGUAACUCGUCACAUUAAAUGGCUACAUACCAAUAUAAUUUUUCGCAAGAUGUCUGAGGCUAACUCUACUGUCGACUCUCCGCCAACAAACGAUAACCAUGACACAAAACAGAAGGAUAAAAAGAAACUGAAGAUUCUAGCUUUCCACGGUUAUCGUCAGAACGGUGCAGUGUUCAGGGGAAAAUUAGGUUCUUUUAGAAAGACGCUGUCAAAGUAUGCGCAGCUAGUUUUCUUCUCUGCUCCCCAUAAAGUUGUAAACGAAGACGACGACGAUGAAGAUCGCAGAUCAUGGUGGUUCAAUGCUGAAGACAAUUCAUUUAGUGGUAAAUGUUUAGGAGGGCCUGCUAUUGGAUUUGAGGAUACAUUACGUUUGGUAGAGAGCAUAGUGUCAGAAUAUGGGCCAUUUGAUGGUUUUAUGGGGUUUUCACAAGGAGCCUGUCUAGUUGGCUUACUAGCAGCAAUGCAACAGAAAGGAUAUCUACCUUAUUCAUUUGAUUUUGCAAUAUUUGUAUCUGGAUUUCGAUCAGGCAGUUUAGUACACAAAGGCUUUUAUGAUGAAGAUAUUAAUUUGCCAUCACUACAUGUAUAUGGAGAGAGUGAUUCUAUUAUACCCAAAGAAAUGAGUGAAUCUUUGAUAAAUUUAUUCAAUAAACCAAUUGUGGCAGAGCAUUCCGGUGGGCAUUAUGUUCCAUGUUCUGGUUCACUAAAGGAAAUAUACCUUGAUUUCUUACAUGAUUGUUAUCAAGAUAAAGAUGAUGAAAAAAAUGGAGAUGAAAAAAAUAUAAUUUCAUAAUGCCAGGAAGGCCUUUUAGGGAAAUGUAUUUCUCAAUGUUGGAUACUGAAU